AUAUGGAGAGACCCUUCAAUUUCAUUCAACAAUCAAAUCAUCUCGAGUACUUACCAAACUAAGACCCUAACCCUCCCUUCCAAGGUCACGUACCCUUCAGACUACUGCCUCUUCCAAGAGAGCAAACUCCUACAUCUUUGGCCAAGAAGAAACCUAAAAGAUGCAGGACCAAACUUACCAGUACCAUUUCUUGAGAAGGACCUUGCAGUUUCUUAUCUCGAAACUCCUGCUUCUGAUGACCAGUCUAAUCUUGGUGAUGAAAGGCAGUUAUCAUCAGCACCUACCUUAUCUUCUGCCAAAGCUGAGGCUACUGUUGAUGAUCAAGAAGUUCAGGUGGCAAGUGUUGAAUCUCUAGAGGAUAUUGUUCUUGCAACUGAAGAGGAGGAGGAGGAGGAGGAGGAGGAGACUACUUCAAGUCAAGCUUUGAUUACAGAAGAAGAAGAGUACAUAGAAGAAAAAAGAGAGUGCUUGUUGAAACAAGAGGAAGAAGGAAAUGAGGAGUUGGCAAGUACUGAAGAAUUGAACAGGAGAAUUGAGGAAUUUAUAAGGAAAAUGAAAGAAGAAAUAAGGAUUGAAGCUCAACAACAACUAAUUGCAGAAUAAUAUAUAUGCAUUUUUAGUUGUUUAAAGCUUUAGUCAUAGUUUUUCAUGGCAAAGCUUUCAUGUCCAUUAGCUUUUAGUCCUUGUCAAUGCUUCCCGAUCUCAAAUCCCUCCCUUUCACCAUGUAAAAGCUGUCACUUUCCUUGUAGUGUAAUAACUUGGCCUUGUACACUCAGCUGUGGUCCUAGUCUCUUCUUCUCCAAAUUAGCUAAUAAUAAUGAGUCCAAUCUCUCUCUC